CUCAGUUCCUGAUCUUCCGUCCCCUCACUCUUCCAACUCCGUCAGGCACCACAUCUCACACGACACCGAGCUGGCCUCACCAUGGUGUCGGAAGAGGAGGGCGUCAGCCCGCGCAAACGCCGGAAGAUUGGCCCUCCCAAAGCAGCGCCUUACGUGUUUCGAUCCCUCUUCGACCAAGUGCCCUUGAAUGCCGACAAUGAUGACGACGAUGUUCACAUUACCUGGGUCGAGUAUUGGAAUGACAACCUGUAUAUCGGUACCUCUGCCGCCGAGAUCCUGCAUUUCGUCUGCCUCCCACCGGACCCCUCGGACAAGUCGAACGAGCCCUCAUUUAUCCUCGCAUCGAGACUACCAAUUCCCUUCUCCCAGACAUCAUCAGCCAAACUGCCCGGGAUACAACAGAUUGUGCUACUUCCGACGGUGAACAAGGCCUGUGUCCUCUGCAAUGGAACGGCCACCUUCUACAUGUUGCCGGAGCUCAGCCCGGCCUUCGGCAACACCAAGGUUAGCAGUUGUCGUUGGAUUGGGGGGCUGGACUUGAACGCAGCGGAGGAGUUUGAGAGCCCGGUAGUCAUGAUCGCGGCCUCGAAUCGAAUCAUGCUGGUGAGGAUUGGCGAUGAUGCUCGACGAAUAAGGAACAUCGAGUUUCCCGGGUGCCUGGUGGCGUCGCGACGAGGCCCUAUCGCUUGCGCUGCUGAUACACAUGCAUACUCGCUGCUGGACGUGGAAAACCAGCAGAAGAUCCAAUUGUUUCCUGUCUCAUUCUCUAGCGAGAUGUCCGAGGCGGGUCAGAUGGAAGCGAGAUCCCCAUCAUCCCCCUUUGCGAGCUCACCUGUGGCGGAGAACCACGCGCAUGACAGAAGCUUUGGUCCCAACACGUUCGCGGGGAUGCUGCAGCCGAAAUCCCAGCCUACCCCACACGAUAGGUCAACCUCAGUCACCCCCGAGCUAUCUCCCGUUUCAGGGACUCCGAGACGGUCAAUCUCGAAGGACCGAGCAGAAAGUGCUUCCCCAAGAAUAUCUCCCGCCCACUCAGCCCGCGACUCGCAGCCCAGCCCAGAUGAUCGAAAACCGCUCCCUGCCGUACCAAAGCAGCCACCCACACAGUUGAAGCCUCAUGUGCUGUCACCAACCCCGUCGGAGUUCCUGCUCGUUAGGGGAACCGAUGCGACCGAGCCUGGAGUUGGCAUGUUUGUCAACGUCGACGGUGAUGUGGUUCGCGGCACGAUAACGUUUCACAAGUAUCCGGAGUCGAUUGUGAUUGACAAGGGCGACGAAAACCACAUGAUACCAUCCCCGGAGAAUACGCACGAGGAGCUUCUUCUUGCUGUCAUCGAGUCAGAAACAGAUGGCCAACCACGGAAGUUCUUGGAAGUACAGCUCUGGGAUGUCGAUCCCGCGGAGGCUGAGGACCAUAAAACCUGGGUAGAAAUCCCGUCCACCCACGACACGCAACCCACCCCGGUUGGCCUAUGUCACACGCUCAGCCCAAGCAAGCUCGAGAUAUCCGAGUUAGGGGACUUGCUGCGCAUGGUUCGUCUGAAAACCCCGUUAUUGUCGCCCCAUGUGCCCGCACAUGACCCGAGAACACAAGCAUCUAUCGAACAACUACAGAAGGAAAAGGAGCUAUCCGAGGCCCAGGUGACCGACUCGGACGGCUCGAAGAAAGGCGAGCAUGGCUGGGAGGUGGAGCGAAAUGCCGAAGAAGCCAGGUUUGCGCGUGAAUUGGGCCAAACGCAGAGCAGCAUGGUGAUGUGGAACGGCAACCAGAUCUGGCGGGUGGUGAGAAACCCACUCACCACACAGCUCAACGAUGCUCUGCAAAAUGCUCAAGAGGCUGGCACUGGCGACUCAAGGGCCUUCAACAGGAAUGCAAUUGCCGAUAUUAUCCAUCACGUGCAGACGACAGAGCCCAAGUCCGAGUCGGAAUUCCUGGGAUUGAAUUAUGUGAAGCAGAAAGCAAGUUUACUUCUUUUUGCGGAUCUCGUGUUCAUGGACCCGGCUGUGCGGAAAACCACGAUUAUCGACGACACGGAGCGAGCUCUCAUCGUCGGGAACCUGGAUCCCCGCAUCGCCUUGCUGCUGGUCCCCUUGUUGCGACGCGAGGUUCUCCAGGGCCCGCAGGGAAUCUGGGUUCAUGCCGGUCUGGCGGAAAUUACGGAGGCCUAUGUCCAGCAGCUCGAGAAGACUACAGACUCCAGUAUUUCUGACAGCGCGGUCCUGGACAUGCUCAAGCGAUUCCUCUUCUCCUGGCAACAAAAGAGGGGUUACGGCAGUAUCACAGAUGAGACGUAUGUCUUUGACAGCGUCGAUGCGGCCAUCCUCCACCUGAUUCUAGAGCAAGACGCACAGAUGUCGGCCGAACAGCGCUCGCACUCUUCAAUCCGCGCGGAACUGAACCGCCUGGUGGACAACUGGAAGGGCAACUUUGACCGGGCGGUGGCGUUACUAGAAAGCUACCGGCGACUCUUUGUGCUGAGCCGACUGUAUCAGAGUCAGAAGAUGUCGCGAAACGUCCUCAAGACGUGGCGGCGCAUCAUCGAAGGCGAGGAAGACCGCGGCGGUGAGGUUACUAUCGCUGGGACGGAGGCGCAGAUGCGCCGGUACCUGGUCAAGAUUAAAGACGUGCAGCUAGUUGAGGAGUACGGAGCAUGGCUCGCCCAGCGCAACCCCACCCUGGGCAUACAGGUGUUCUCUGACGGGACGAGCCGAGUCAAGCUGGAGACCUUAGAUGUUGUCCGCUUGCUUAAAGAGCACGCGCCCAACGCAGUCCAAGCGUACCUGGAACACCUCGUCUUUGUCCGAAACCACACUCAAUACGCGGACGACCUGCUCUCCUAUUACCUGGACACCGUGCUCUCCGUUCUCGAGUCCUCUCCAGAGGCCCGAGCCUCGCUCGCAGAAUCAUACUCUACAUAUCGCGCACUCCAACCACCCAAGCCAACAUACAUGAACUUCAUUACCGAGAACACGCCAGCAGAGCCAUGGUGGCAAUCACGGCUUCGACUCCUACAACUACUCGGCGGCGGCAGCGGCGGGCACUUCUCCUCACUGCCGUCGCGCAACCUAACCUACUCCAUCCCGGCAGUCCUAGCGCGCAUCGAGCCAUUCCAGAAAGAGCUCGUGUCAGAGUCAGUGAUACUCGAUGGACUGCAGGGCCGCCACCGCGAGGCUCUUCACUUGUUGACGCACGGACUGGGCGACUACGACUCGGCGGUGCGGUACUGCCUCUUUGGUGGGCCGCGCAGCACCAGCUCGACGGGGGCGCUGGCCGAGUUCGCGGACCGAACCCUGCAAUCUGAGCUCUUCCGCUACCUGCUCGACGAGUUCCUGCACAUCCAGGAUCCGUCGGAGCGGAUCGAGCGGACGAGCGACCUGCUGGGUCGGUUUGCGGCGUGGUUCGACGUGGGCGAGGUGCUGCGCGUCGUGCCGGAUGACUGGAGCGUGGAUAUCCUGAGCGGGUUUUUGGGGCAUGUGUUCCGGGUGCUAAUCUCCGAGGGCCGUGAGGUGCGGAUCGAACGGGCGCUCAGCGCGGGACUGAACCUGCGCAUCGGGACGGAGUACAUUGCCGGGGUGGAAAAGGUCGGGGGUUGGGUGGAGGAUGAGGGAGGGUUACGACGACUGAAGGAGGGCGCUGCCAAGGCCGAGGAGGCAAAAGACCUGGGGAGUGACUUUGGAGACAUGGUGGGGGCGGAUGCCGCCACCUGACAUGGAUCAUGAAUGAUGUAUAUACAACAACCGCAUAAGAUACAAUACCACAUUCUAAUGGACG